ACUCGAAAUUCCACCCCACACAGCGUCAUUCUCACUUUGACACACACAGCGCAGGUACCAUAUCCCCCGCCAGGCACCCAAAUUCGACCAUCCAGGGCGCCCGGAUUGUUUGAACACCCCAAAACGCACUCCCCACUGUCAUUUCAACACCGCCCAUAUACACUAAGCCAAGAUGCCACCCAAAGGCAAGGGCGAGCAGCCCAAGGUGAAGAAGGUCGCCGUAGACAAGACCUUUGGUAUGAAAAACAAGAAGGGAGGAGCCGCCCAGAAACAGAUUGCCCAGCUCAAAGCGACCACUGCAUCGGGAGGCACGCCUGACGAGAAGCGCAAGGCGGCAGAGAAGGCGCAGCGUGAGAAGGACAAGGCGGCGGCAGAGGCAGCCCGCAAGGAAACCGCCGAACUCUUCAAGCCCGUACAAAUCCAAAAGGUGCCUUUCGGAACCGACCCCAAGACUGUCUUGUGCCAGUUUUUCAAGAAAGGAAACUGCGAAAAGGGCAAGAAGUGCAAGUUUAGCCAUGAUCUGAAUAUCGAGCGCAAGACCGAGAAGAGGAGUUUGUACACCGACACCAGAGAUGAAGACAAGGAGGCCGAGGAGGAGCGGCGGAAGAAGGAUAACAUGGAUGAUUGGGAUGAAGACAAGCUGCGACAGGUCGUUCUAAGCAAGCACGGCAACCCGAAGACGACGACGGAUAAAGUGUGCAAGUACUUCAUCCAAGCUAUCGAGGAUCAGAAGUAUGGUUGGUUCUGGGUGUGUCCCAACGGAGGCGACAAGUGCAUGUACAAGCACUCUCUACCACCUGGUUUCGUCAUCAAGACCAAGGAACAGCGCGCCGCCGAGAAGGCCUUGAUGGCCAACUCCCCGCUCAACACCCUCACCCUCGAAGACUUCCUCGAGUCCGAACGCCACAAGCUCACCGGCAAUCUCACACCGGUCACGCCCGAGACAUUCGCCAAAUGGAAGAAAGAACGUAUCGACAAGAAACAAGCCGAGGAAGAGGCCAAGAAACUCAAGGAUGCCACUGGUCGUGCUAUGUUCGAAAAGGGCGACUGGGCACAAGACAGCGAUGCGGAUAGUGAUGAUGAGGACGAUGGAGACGCGUGGAAUUUGGAGACUAUGAGGAAGGAGACUGAGGCGGCGAGGGCAAAGAAGGAAGAGGAGAGGAUGGCUGCUCAACUUGAGAAAAUGGUUGUAUCUUGAGGGAUGCACUUCUAUCUCGGAACGAAGACUAUUGGAGAGAGAGCGAUAAGGCGGGAAGAGCUCGCUGGCUGCCACACAAUGCUGCAACAGCUUGCGGGGCAUUGCCGGGACCCGGCUUCGAUUGAAGCAUGUGGAGGCAAAAGAUUGACUUGAGCGAUCGUCGCAUCAUGAGCAUGUUUGGCCGUGUCUGGGCUUCAGCGUUUAUGCGGCAUGGCUUGGAACACAUGCAGAGCUUAGUCGGCUUUGUGUGUCUGGCGCUGGCGUCUGGGUUCUGGUAUUAUUACAUAUAUAUACAUACAUGGCUGUACGAAUACACGGCUAAGUUCGCCUGGGCAAGUCGUAAGCGACUUGCGCUGUGGUAGUGACUUCAAGGAAUGCAUUCGAU